AUCAUCUGUCACAUACCUGAACAACUUGUCAAGAUGUCGGGAUCGAUCGAAGAGUUUGAUGAUGAUACGGAUUUCGCUUUGCCUACCGUUCCAGCUCCCUCCAGAGGCGCACCUCCUGCAGCCGGAUUUCCAGGACCAGAAGGAAUGUCAAUGGAAGGAUUACAACAAAUGAUGGCACAAAUGCAAGCAGGAGGAGCAGGUCCAAGCGGAGGUCCAGCAGGUGGAAUGCCACCCGGAAUGCAACAAAUGAUGGCAGCCGCUUCUGCCCCACCACCAGUGGAAUUAUCAGCAGAAGAGAAGAAAUGGAUCACAAUCUAUCCGAUCUAUUUUGAUGCAAAGAGAAGAUAUGAGAAAGGCUGUCGUAGAGUGUCAUACAAAGAAGCAUGCUUAUGGCCAAAGAGUGAAAAUCUGGUCAAAGCAGCGUCAAAGUUGACAUUGUUUCACGUUCACGAACCCCGCAAAGCACACCCCCGUGAUUGGGAAAAUCCUGGAAGAAUAAAGGUUCAAUUGUUCAACGAAGACGGUAAACCCUUGCAUCAAAAGUUCACAAACAAGAAAGAGUUGUUGCGUGCUAUUGCGGCAGCCAUUCAACCCGAAUGCGGAGGUGUACCACCGCCAUUGCCAGCCCAUCCAAAGAAGAAGGUAGAAAAGGCAACGACUGAAUCAAAGGCACCAUCAGCAACAGAGAAGAAAGCUGACGGAAAAUCUACAAAUGCGCCAAAGCAGCAUACACAGCAAAAUAACAAAAACGCUCGUGCUAAAGAAUCUAAAAUUCGUCAUCGUCAACCGAUUCGAAUCGAUGCAAAUGAACGAAUUAAAGCUUCCAAAAAAAGCGUUCCGAAUGGUAGAUUACCUUCUUUCUCACCAAUCAAAUCUGCUGGCGUUCUCAAUGCUGAUCUCGGCAGUAUGAUGGGAGGAUUGCAAGGAAUGGGUCCGAUGGGAUCAAUGUUGGGUGCUUUGGGUAUGGGUGGAGAUGACGAUGAAGAAGAAGCAGAUGCGGCUGAAGAAGCAAAGAAAGCAGCUGAAGCGAAAAAGAAAGAUCCGAUGCAACAAUUGAGCAGACGACAACGCAAACGUGUUGUUCGUAUCGGUAGAUAGUUGAUUUAGCGGUAAAUGAGUACAAUUUUGUUCAUAUUGCGAUACAUGGAAUAAGUGUAAUUUGACAGAUUGAGUGGUG